AACACCUCCCGGCCUGGGGCACGUGACUUUGACACCGAGGAGGCCCGGGGCAGCCAGAGCACAGCCAGGUCGCCCUGGGGCUCCCCGUGGAUUUUGCCAUGAGUGUGCAAGCGUUUCAUUUGGUGUGUGCAUCUGGAAGGGAGCAGCUGCCACCAGGGAUUCAAAUUGAGUGCUUGGAGUGCAGCGGCCAUGAUCUCUACCUGGGCACCUUCGAUGGCUCCAUUUACCAUUUCUUGCUAGUGGAAGAGCAUAGCAGUGACCCAACAGGACUAUCUCUAAAUCAGCAAACAGACUGCUCAAACACCAGGUUUUCCAUCACCAGGCAAAGGCAAAAGCAACUUGGGCUGAAGAAGCCAGUGUGUGAACUGAGAGCCGCUUCAGCCCUUUGUCGACUGUUGGCGCUGUGCGAUAACACUAUUCUUUCGCUGUGCAGUGACACCCUUGAGCCAAUCCCGGGAAUAAAGAUCAAGGGAGCUCUUAGCUUUAGCCUCAAUGAAAACCCUGUGAGUGGGGACCCGUUUAGUGUGGAGGUGUGCCUUAUCUCCUCCAAGAGACGCACAGUGCAGAUCUUUAGUGUAGGACAAGAGAAAGUACAACUGCUAAAAGAGGUUGCUACCCCUGAGCAGCCUUGUGCUUUAGCAGCUGAUGGACACUACCUAUGCCUGGCACUCAGCAGCCGCUACAUUACACUGAACUAUAACACAGGGCACUGCCAGGACCUUUUUCCAUACCCCAGUGAACAGAAGAGACCAAUUGUAAAGAGGAUUAGCCGACAAGAGUUUCUUCUGGCCGGACCAGGUGGAUUAGGCAUGUUUGCAACCGUAGCGGGAAUCUCCCAACGUGCUCCAGUUCGCUGGUCAGAGAAUGUUAUUGGUGCUGCAGUGUCUUUUCCUUACGUCUUAGUUCUGGACGAAGAGUUCAUAAUGGUUCAUAGUAUUCUAGAUCAACAACAGAAGCAGACUAUGCCCUUUAAGGAAGGAAUCAUUCUGCAGGAUUUUGAAGGAAGGGUAAUUGCAGCAACGGCUAAUGGGAUAUACAUUCUACUUCCCUUACCUUUGGAGAAACAGAUACAGGACCUCCUGUCAAGCCAGAGAGUCGAAGAAGCCUUAGUGUUGGCCAAGGGGGCUCGGCAGAACAUUCCAAAGGAGAAAUUCCAGGUUAUGUACAGAAGAAUCCUGCAACAGGCUGGAUUUAUACAAUUUGCUCAGCUACAGUUUCUAGAAGCAAAAGAAUUGUUCAGAACCAGCCACCUUGAUAUCCGAGAACUAAUAUCACUUUACCCUCUCCUGCUGCCAUCUACUUCCUCGUUUAUCCGUACGCACCCACCUCUACACGAGUAUGCGGAUCUCAACCAGCUCACUCGAGGAGACCAGGAGAAAGUGGUCAAAUGCAAGCGCUUCCUUAUGAGUUACCUGAGUGAAAUCCGAAGUACUGAGGUGGCUAAUGGAUACCAGGAAGAUGUGGAUACUGCACUAUUAAAGCUGUAUGCAGAGGCGGACCAUAAAAGCCUACUAGAUCUUUUGGUAUCAGACAAUGCAUGUGAUCUCGCAGACGGUGUCUCCUGGCUGGAAAAGCACAAAAAAUACUUUGCACUUGGUCUCCUGUACCACUACAACAAGCAGGACGCAGCUGCACUUGAGGUCUGGGUGAGAAUUGUGAAUGGUGAUCUGGAGGAUAACACACGCCCCGACCUCUUUGAAUAUAUUGUGGACUUUCUUACCUUUUGCACAGACCCACAGCUGGUGUGGCAGUACACAGAUUGGGUUUUACAGAAAAGUGAGCAGAUUGGAGUCCAGAUUUUUACAAAACGGUCUUCAGAUGAGCAGUUACAGAAUGGCUUCAGUCCAGAUAAGAUUGUGAAUCAUCUGUGCAAAUAUCGCCAGGCCUUAAUUGUAUACAUGGAACAUUUAGUGUUGGGGAAAAGGAUACAGAAGGAAAAGUAUCACACACAUCUGGCUGUUCUGUAUGUGGAAGAAGUCCUGCGCCUUAAGUCUAUGGACUCUUUAGAGCAAAAAGAAGUAAUGGAGCUCCAUACACGACUUCAAAACUUGCUGCGACAGUCAGAGCUUUAUAGGGUUCUCCUGAUCAUAGAUAAAAUAAAAGGGACCGAUCUGCACCUGGAGCGGGCCAUAUUACAUGGAAAACUGGAAGAGCAUGAUCAGGCUUUGGACAUUUUAGUUCACCGUUUAAAAGACUUUGCUGCUGCUGAAAGUUAUUGUGUGUGGAACUCACAAGGAAGAGACGUCCCUUACCGCCAGCGCCUCUUCCAGCACCUUCUUACCACCUACCUCAAUCCUCCCAGUCCAGAUAAUGCACUUUUAGUGGCUGCUGUGGAUUUACUAAAUAACCACCCAUUGGAGUUUGACGCUGCCAGGGUUUUGCAUCUAGUACCAGAGAACUGGUCCGUACAGCUCUUGUCCCCUUUCUUGGCUGGGGCUAUGAGGGAGCAUAUUCAUGCACUAAGGACGUCCCAGGUGGCAUUGGGCUUGGCAAGAGCUGAAAAUAUCAUUUACAAGCAGGAAAAGCUGAGCAUGAUGAAGAAUCCAGUGGUUCUGUCUGAGAAGAAGCUCUGUCAUGUUUGCCGAAAUCCUUUCCAGGAACCAGUUUUUGUCAAACACCCAAAUGGCCAUAUUGUUCAUACCCAUUGCGCUACAAACCAGCACAUGAAUAGUACCAUUUCUGACAAUCUGCCCAGUGCUAGCAAACGAACUUGAAUGACGUUCAUGGACCCAAAGUUAUCACGAUUAUCUGUCAAUGAUGGAAACUCUCUCCCUCAGCCAGAUAUGUAAGGAAUUUGGUGGCUUUAGAUGAAUGCAAUGAGAAAACAUUGCAGUUAUCAGAUGUGAAAACAAGUCAUGAACAGUCUAAAGUAUUGAACAUGACAUUGUGGAGAUCAACCAAACCACCAUGAACCACCACACGGAGCAUAUUGGUAAGCGGUCAAGCACUUGUGAUGUCAACACCGUCCCAUGAGCAACAAUAACUAUCUUAAAACAUCAACUUAAUGAAGUCAGGAACUAAGCUUUUUGCAUUUUUUUUUUUUUAAGAUAUUUGCACUGAAGAUAUUUUGCAUAAAAUGUGAUGGGGAAAUUCAAGAAAUCGUAAUGCAUUGGAUCCAAAAUCUACCAUAGUCUUUUUGGGGGGAUAAAUGUCUUGUUGCAGGUAUCAUGCAAUCUCUAAAUCAUGAUUCGUCACAUGUUGACACUUCUCUAAAUAUGAAUUGUGCUCUGCCACUACACUCCCUGAUCAUCAGAACUCUAUCAUAUAUUGCAUUCCUGUUACAAAGGAGGUCCACUUGACCAGUUCAUAGCAAGAGACAAAUAAUAGUGGUGUUGCUCUCCUGAACUUCAAUAAUGUUUUGCUGGUUUUUACAAAUGGAAAAUGAUGCAUACUGUUAUAUAAAAAUUGUAUAAAUUUAUAUGCAUAUGUGUAAUCUAAUUACAUCUCUAUUCAUGUCCGUGAUAAAAAUCACUCACAUUAUCAGAUUUUAAGACAUUGUAUCAAAGCUUUUCAUCCGCUCGACGUUCUAGUCACAGCUAAUUGAUAUAGUGUUUUCUAACUAAAUCUGAUCUUCAGCCUGUGUAUUCCUUUUUGAUCAGUCAUUUAUCAUUGUUGGUUAUGACAAA